AUGCCCGUGCCAGCACAAGCGAGCGGAGCUGCACCAGCCUCACCUCCUCGCCGUCGCCUACGCCCUGCUCACCGCCCCGCCGCCCGCUUCCUCCUCCCUCUCCUGCUUCGCGUGCAGAAUGCCUCGCUGCUCUGCUUCGUCACCAAGCCAGCAGCCCCCCCCCCCCUCCGCCUCUACCUUCCCCCUUCUGCUGCUCCUACUGCAGCGGUGGUUUCUGCCCGGCGCCUCGUGCGCCCUGCCCAACCCGCCCCACCAGAUCGCGCACCUCGCCCCCCCUCCCUUCUCUGCCCUCUCCCUACUGCGUGUGCAGCAGUUUGGGGGGAGGGGGAGCGCGACAUGGCGAAGCAAGCAGUGCUGGCCAUGUGCCUGGCGGCGCUGGUGUUGGCGGCGAGCGUAGGUGACCCGUCCAGUGCGGCGAACAACAAGCCGGUGAGCGUGGCGAAGGAGAAGGCGAGUGACGCGGACGCGACGUCGGCCGGGUGGAACAAUAUGAAGUGCCACGCAGAACUGAAGCCGCACGCCGGCACGUGCACUCCACAGAACUGCAGCAAGGGCGGCAUUCCCGCCAAAUGGAAGACUGCGAACCUGCUCAAGAACAAGAUUGGUAUAUAUGUGUACGUGAAGGGUAGCCCGCUGACGGUUGCGAAGGCGUCCCCUCAGACGUGCUGCAACAUGUGCGCGUCGACCAAGGGGUGCAAGUACUGGCUGUACAUUCCCGGCACCACGCUCUACGGCACGAGGACGGACGAUGCGUGCUAUAUGGUGAAGGAAGAUAUCGACUACAUGUGCGGCAAGCUGGUCGCGCAAUACGCGGAGGCGAAGCCCCUCCACCUACAGGUGCGCACGGGCGGCGAGUGCAAUACGGCGUCGGAGAUCGUCAACGACCCGCAUCUGGUGGGCGCGUACGGCACGCACUUCGACUUCAACGGCCGCCCCGACGCCGCAUUCUGCCUGCUGACGAACCGCAAGCUGCACGUGAACAUGCUGCUGCGCGGGUACUACAGCGACAACACGGAGAACGCGGCGCUGGUUGUGGACGGCAAGGCCGUGCACACGUGGAUCAAGGAGCUGGGCAUCGUGUGGCUCGCCGACGGCGCGGAUCACAAGAUCCGGCUUGCGGCGCGCAGCGGCAAGCAGCAGGUACGCGCGUCGGGGUUCAUGAAGGCGAUCGAGAUCGACGGCGAGGCGAUUCCGCGCAUGCGCGUGGGCGACGUGGUGACGUCAGAGGGCGGGCUGACGCUGACGUUCAAGGCGCUGGAGAAGGAGGGCCCGUAUGACGUGGACUACUACACGCUGGACAUCGAGGGGCUGGUGGCGCUCGACAUGCGGCUGCGCGUGGCGAACCCGAAGCUGCAGACACCGACAGAGGCGGAGGCGCACAUCAACGUGAGCAUUGUGGAGCUGUCGCACACGGACGAGAUCCAUGGCGUGCUGGGCCAGACGUACCGCGAGGACCACGCGCAGAGGGCCGCGGACUUCCCGAAGAUGAUCGCGUCGCUGCACCGCCCCAUCUGCGCCGACAGCGCUGAGGGCGAGGGCUUCCUCGACGGCAACUCGCGGUCGUAUGAGACGAGCUCCGUCCUCGCUGUUGACUGCUCCAACACAACUUACUGCCACGCCAAGAAGCUCAGCCCUGUUGACUACUCCGUUGGUUUUCCAUAG